UAUACACAGUAGAGCACGAUCGUCCUUUUCGUCUCGCUGCAAUCUCCACCGAGUGAGACACCGGCGAUGGCCGCCGCCCUCCGCUCCUCUUCCGCCGCCACCGUACGGCGCGCCCUCCACAUAUCCCAGGCCGCCUUGUCAGCGCUGCCGUCCGCGUCACGCCCUGCCGCGGUGGCCCCGUUCUCGCGCUCGAUCCCCAUCAUCUCAGGUGCCAACAGUGCUUUCUCAUGGAACUUUAGACGCUUGCUCAGUUCAAAUGAAAAACAUCUGCCUGCACUGUCUGACCCAGAUAUUGAGUCUGCUCUUAAGGAUUUGAUGGCUGCUAGCUGGAAUCAACUUCCACAUUCUCUUGCAGAGGAAGCAAAGAAAGCAGUAUCCAAAGCUACUGAUGAUGUGGCGGGUCAAGAGGCUUUGAGAAAUGUAUUCUGUGCAGCUGAGGCUUGCGAAGAAUUUGGUGGAGUUUUAGUUACCCUAAGAAUGGCUCUUGAUGAUCUUUGUGGGCUAACAGGCGAGAACGUGGGACCCUUGCCUGGUUAUGUAGAAGAUGCUGUGAAAUCCACAUAUAGUCGAUACAUGAAAUAUCUAGAAUCCUUUGGCCCCGAUGAACAUUAUCUACGAAAGAAAGUGGAGACUGAAUUGGGGACAAAAAUGAUUCACCUUAAAAUGAGGUGCAGUGGCAUAGGGUCUGAGUGGGGAAAGGUCACUCUGAUUGGUACCUCCGGGAUCUCUGGAUCCUAUGUUGAGCUAAGGGCAUGAUGGAAGCCUGCUGAUAAGAACGGUGGCAGAAGUGCAGAACAUUGGAUGGGUGCUGGGUAUUAUUCUUUUUCAUUUCACGUGUCGCUAGCGUGCCAAUAACAAUGAAAUCUUGAGACGUACGUGCACACUUACAUAAAUUGUUGGGUGCUGUAAUAAAUCGCAAGUAUCAGGUUCGUGUUACUCCCUCUAUACCGGUUUA